GAUAUGAAAUGAGACAUUGGCUUAGACCAGAAUCACUAAACCGGAAAGUAAGCUAUUUACAACUGGUUUAUACUUGACUACUUGACCAAUAUACAGAAAAAGGAAAGGAAAGCUUCCGUCCUGAUUCUUCUUCUUCUUCUUCUUCUUCUUCUUCUUCCUCUCUCUCUCUGCUUCACGACCAGAUUGGGCUACAAAAAUAGAUUUUUCUGGCACAAUAUAUCGUUCGGCGAUUUCAUCUUCCCCGUUUCAAGGUGAAGAAUACGUCCUCAAAGGCUCUGGGAUUCUCGAUUUGUACCUUAUCUCAAACCCUAAAAGUCUCAUCAAAACGACGUUGUUUUGGAGACCAGAGAUCUCUAAAGUCGAAUAGAAACUCCUGAGAUGAUAUCCCGGCGGUAAAUCGCAGACGAAACCAGUCAUGGAACUCCAUAUCUCAGCGAGCGCCGUGUAACCUCGAAGAUUCGCGGCGGAUGCUUUUACUCAGACGGAUGAUCGACGGCGAUGGAGAAACCGGCGAAAGAGGAAGUUGAGGAGGUGAAACGUCCGGCAAGUUACGGGAUCAGCGCACGGAGCUGAGCUGAGCUGAGCUGAGCAGAGACGAGAUCUCUCUCCUCCACCGUCAGAUUCGAGUUUCCGAAUUAGAGAAUCUGACUGAACCGAAUGGACGGUUGAUAUUGGGUCCUCACGAAAGUAGCAACGAUCAUCGGACGGUGGAGAUCUCCUUCUAGCAGCGGGAGAAUCAGCUGUGUUAAUGUAGCUGAUAUCGAGAAAGUUCGACGAAGAGAGAACUUCACGUGGCUGUGACCCAACGCGAAGACAGAGGUCCGUUUAAACGCCUGGAAAGCUUGAUGAAGAAUCUUCACGACGCUUCCGCUGCCUUCGUUGACAAGAAGGUGAGUCGAAUCUCUCAAGUAAUCAAUCUACUGGCGAUUUUGUUGGAUUAGUGAGGCAGUCGAGAGUUCUUUAAUUCCGUAGGAGGAGGUUGACGAUGAUGUUUCCGUUAGUAUCGCUCGGUUUAUGUCAGAUGAUCCUUCGUUACUGCUUCAAUCCACUACCAAGUUUCGAAAGAUUCCCUCAUUGAAGAUAACUCCUCCUACCGAAUCUGGAAUUGUGCCUCGUUUCUUUGAGUUUCGAAAUCUCCACGAUCUUCAGAUACAGGCUGUAUGUGCACAGUUCUGUGAAUAUGUUCUUAGGUGUGGGGCAUUGAUGCCACUGUUUGCUCAGCUGAACGAGCAUACAACAUCGUCGAUGCUUAGUAGAACUGCCACUUCGAUUAUGUCAAACUUCUGCCAUGGCCAGCCUCUGCCGCCCUUUGGCCAGGUGAUUGCUUGGCACUUUGGUAUUGGUCUGAAGAUUUAGAAGAUGAAAUCCAGAAUACAAUCAAGGCUGCUGUUGUCCAAAGAAUUCUUGUUCUUCUCCAACACUAUUCUGCAUCUGUGAUUGCUCCUGCAUUUAAUACCAUUGGGAAUAAUCAGCAGACCCAAUGUCUGAUCACCAGUGGUGCUUUACCCAUUCUUGCCAACCUGCUUUCUCAAAACUAUAAGAAAAGUAUAAAGAGGGAAGCUUGCUCUACAAUUGCAAAUAUCACUGCAGGCACUGAGAAACAAAUUCAGGCUCAAAAUGUUGUAUUUGACAUGAAGACAAAAGCUGUAUGGACAAUUUCAGAUACCAACUUAGGGGGUUCUCAUGAUCAAAUCAAAUACAUGGUGGAGCAGAGUUGCAUAAAACCUUUAUGUGAUCCCCUGGUAUGUUCAGAUCUAAGAAUCAUCUUAGAAUGUCUGGAUGGAUUGGAAAACAUUUUGAAGGUCGGAGAGACGGAUAAGAUAGGAGACCUGAAUUAUGAGUCCCAAUUGAUUGAUGACGCGGAAGGGCUAGAAAAGAUUAUGGACCUGUGGAGUAUUAAGAUGAUAAGCUCUAUUGAUCUUGGAGAUCAUAAAAAUUCUUACACUGCAUCCUCUCCGCCGAUGUUAACCUUGACUGGUCCGUCCGGCUCUGGUUCUUCCUUUCAGCCAGCCAGAGACUCAGACUCACAAUCUGACUCUGGCGGCUCAGGAGGCUCAGGCUCAGGGUUAGGGUCUGGAUCAGGGUCAGGGUCAGGGUCAGGCUCAGGGUCUGGGUCGUCUGGGUCUGGACAAGAGUCAGACUCGUCGGGUUGGUCAUCUCAGUCUGAUGACACAGAUGCAACGGAAGCUUGUGUUCUUAUCAAGAAUUUGGCAGCGGAGUCGUUUCUGAACGGAAGAGACGACUCUGUUCCAGACCAUAACCUAGCUACAACGGUUUUCAACAACAUACCUUCCAUUCUACUGAACCAAUUUUGUGCGGGUUGGAAUCGGGGUGCGACCAGUGCCGGUAUAGUCAUCACAACCCCUCUCGACAAAGUAACAGCGGCCAUGCAGUCUGCCGGAUACAUGGCCGGGCUUCUGUUAGAAUCACUAUUCGACAAUGCACCCAUAACAUUGCCCACUGUGCUCUACCCGUCACUAUUUCAUCAAUGGAGUAUAGCUGGUGAAUACGCGGGGACGUAUAUGGUGGAGAAGUAUAGGUACGAGACCUAUCUCGAACUUUUCAAUUUCCAUGGUUUCUUUGCGGAUGGAAAGUUCUGAUUUCUGAGCCGCAGAGAUUUUCUUCUGCCUUUUAAAAAUUCGUAUUGCUAUUUUAUUAUCUUGGUUUUUUUUUGUAAGUAACUCAUUUUUGACCCUUUGACCCGUCUCUGACCCAUGACAGCAUAUGAUAAGCAUUUGCCUAGGAUCCAACGCAUAGUUUUUGUUUU